GCGGACGGUGCGCUUGUGCGGCGUUUAUUUUUCCAUAUGAUGUUAUGUAAUUAAAACCAAAUAAUUGUGGAAAUGUGCGCUGUUAUUUAACAGGCAUCCUAGCAUACGAUUUUUUAGUUCCGAGCACAGUGUAUAUUAAAAGGUUCUUCCAGGUUCCGAGCUGGUCAACACUGUAUAAAGGCAACACUUGUAAUAUUACAUUUAUUGUAAUGGACAAGGCUCGUCAGUUUGUACACAAAAACUUGGUUAUGAUAAUAGGUAUACCAUCUUUGAUUGGACUUCAUAUGGGAUGGACCUGGAUUCAGAAUCAAGAUAUGUUUGUGCCAAAGGAGCAGAGGAAGGAUCUGCCUCUCAUCAUUGGAGCAAAGAACAUUGAACAGACUGUUUUGGAGAAAGUUGACUCCAUGAGGAAAGAAUAGGCCUGCUGUAUGGGUUGAUGCAUAAGUGAAUAUGAGUGGAGUGACCCGUGAGCAAGUGGCGCCCAGGCCAGUGUCCUGUGUGUCCCUGAAUGAUGUGGAAGUGGUGGCCGGUUUCUCGUCGCUGGAGUCGCUGCUGCGUCGCGGUCUGGGCGGCGGCGGCGGUGGCGGCUCGGCGGUCAGCUCGGAGACGGGUCUGCUGACAGUGGCGGCCAGCUCGGAGCGGCUGCUGGCCGCGCUGCCGGCGCCGCGGCCGCCCCUGGCGCUACUCACCGCCGCUGUUCGGCACCAGACUGACGUCUGGAAGGACGGCGGACUGGCGGCCGGCGCGCUACUGGCCGGCCUGCUGGCUCGGCUGCUGCGGGUCACUGGCCCGCGGCACCGGGUGCGUGCCGCGCUGCGGGAGGUCGCUGCCGAGUGCCGCCGGCUGGCCGCCGCCCAGCAGUUGCGGCUGCAGCUGGAGGUGCCGCAGCUCCUGGCCGUGGUCGACACCGUGCUGCGCUCCAAGCGCCUGCUGCCGCUGACGGCCGGCGAGCGGCGCCACCUGUCUCUCCAGCUGCUGCGCGCCUUCCUGCUGGUGGUGCCUGUCGAGCCGGUCGGCGACCGCGCCGCGCUCGGUCACGUACACGUGCAGCUGGUACCGAGCGGCGAGCCGCUGGACUCGGCGCCCGUGUCGGCGCUGCUGGUCCCCGAGCCGGCUCUGGACGACUACCCUCCAGCCCAGGGGCGCGGCCAGCGCCGCUGCCUGCUGUUUACACCACACCUGGGCGAACAAGGUGAGGAGGCGCUGGAUGGGAUGGAGGUGAGCCUAUCCGCCGAGAUGUCCACCCGACCUCUGUCAGCUGAUCGCUGGCAGACGGCACUGAUGCGGCUGCCGCUGCGGUCCGGAGACGUGAUCGCAUGUCAGCGCACAGUUCCUGUAUCACUUCGCCGAGCACUAGCCGGUCGUGGCGUCACAGUACUAGAGCGUCUGGGUUCACGGGGCGCCUCACUGCUGACACGUCUGAGCGGCGCCCGUCCGCUAGCCGGCGUCAGUCUUCUGGCGGGGGUGGCUGUCGAACUGUCCGCCGAAGACGGAGGACCUGUCGAGCUGGUGGGCCGUUUGGACGCGGUGGUUGUUCGGACGCUGGGCGGCCGGCCGCACGCCGAGCUGCGCCGCGCUGACUCGCCCGUGGUGACCCUACUGGUGCACUGUGCCCACCCGGAGCCGCUCAGGGACGAACUGGAGAGGCAGCUGGAGUCGGCGCUGUUUGCCCUCUGCUGUCUGCUCGGGGAGCCCACAGUCGUACCCGGCGGCGGCUGUCUGGAGGUGGUGCUGCUCGGCCAACUCGCUCAGCUCGCCGCCGGCCAGGACCGCGUCGCGCGCGCAGUCACGGACGCCCUCCGGGACACCCUGCGGCAGAACGCGCUCGCCAUCGCCGGCAGCCCGGUGCUGUACCGGGACGACACGUACGGUCACGGCUGGCGGACCGAGCUGGAGGCGUCCUCAGCUGCCGACCACAGCUGCCUGUGCGGCCUGGUGAGCGGCGCAGACCUCCGCGGCCGGCUGCGGUUCAGCGAGCUCACCCCGUCCUACCUGUGUGAGGGCACCGCCGGCCCGCCGACGGCCGCGCCCGCCCCGCUCGACCCGGCCGAGAUCUCUGAGGAUUGUCUUAUAGACUGCGGAAGGGUCCGGCUCGGCGGGAUGGCCUCGGCAUUAGAGGCCUGCCACGCCAUCCUAGGUAUCGGGACGUGCGUGAUUGAGAAGACGUGAGCCAACAGCGGGUCGACAGUGUGUGUUGUGAGAGGAAGCCUGCCUGCAGUCUGCGCGUAUGGUUGUGGUUUGCUAAGUGAUAUGCUGUAUCGUCCUAGUCUAUUGUAAUUGCGUGAUAGGAUAAUAAAUUAUCAUUCACCUA